UAAUCCUAGAGUUGAAACUUCUUUGUCCUGCUUUGAAGUUUCAAAGUGAUUUCAUGAACAUUUCACAGUUCCAAUAAUCUAAGGCAGAUAUGCACACCUGACCUCAUUUUAGAAGUGAAGAAACAGCUCUGAGAGGUUGUGACUCAAGCAACAUCAAACAGAUAAUUCAAAGUGGAGGACUUGGGACUCACAUUCUGGUCUUCUGAGCUCAAGUCCUGUUGCUUCUCCCACCUAUCUGGCCACAUUGCCUUUAUUGCCAAACUUCCAAAAUACAUUUUAAAACGUGUCCUUUGGAUAAGAAAAUAAUUGAAAAUUACCCUUAAGUUACAUCUUUUUCUUGUUUUAGCAGAGAAAGUUAAUGAUUUAAGGCGUUUUGGAUAUUGUGUGGUCUAAACUGGUAUACGUAUACACACCAACGAUUUACAGUUUUUUGUCAUUUGCUUUCCAGUGGAUUAUUUCUGAAGAAGAAAUUGGAUUCCAUGGGUUCCAAGAGAAGAAGAGCUACCUCGCCAUCCAGUAGUGUCAGCGGGGACUUUGAUGACGGGCACCAUUCUGUAUCCACACCAGGCCCAAGCAGGAAAAGGAGAAGACUUUCCAAUCUUCCAACUGUAGAUCCUAUUGCUGUAUGCCAUGAACUGUACAAUACCAUUCGAGACUAUAAGGAUGAGCAGGGCAGGCUCCUCUGUGAGCUCUUCAUUAGGGCACCGAAACGAAGAAAUCAACCAGACUAUUAUGAAGUGGUUUCUCAGCCCAUUGAUUUGAUGAAAAUCCAACAAAAGCUAAAAAUGGAAGAAUAUGAUGAUGUUAAUCUGCUGACUGCCGACUUCCAGCUGCUUUUUAACAAUGCAAAGGCCUAUUACAAGCCAGAUUCUCCUGAAUAUAAAGCUGCUUGCAAACUCUGGGAUUUGUACCUUCGAACAAGAAAUGAGUUUGUUCAAAAAGGAGAAGCAGAUGAUGAAGAUGAUGAUGAAGAUGGGCAAGACAAUCAAGGCACAGUGACCGAAGGAUCUUCUCCCAGUUACUUGAAGGAGAUCCUGGAGCAGCUUCUUGAAGCCGUAGUUGUAGCCACAAAUCCAUCAGGACGUCUCAUUAGUGAACUUUUUCAGAAACUGCCUUCUAAAGUGCAAUAUCCAGACUAUUAUGCAAUAAUUAAGGAGCCUAUAGAUCUCAAGACCAUUGCCCAGAGGAUACAGAAUGGAAGCUACAAGAGUAUUCAUGCAAUGGCCAAAGAUAUAGAUCUCCUAGCAAAAAAUGCCAAAACUUAUAAUGAGCCUGGUUCUCAAGUAUUCAAGGAUGCAAACUCUAUAAAAAAAAUAUUUUAUAUGAAAAAGGCAGAAAUUGAACAUCAUGAAAUGGCUAAGUCAAGCCUUCGGAUGAGGACUCCAUCAAAUUUGGCUACAGCCAGGCUGACAGGUCCUUCGCACAGUAAAGGCAGCCUUGGUGAAGAGAGAAAUCCCACUAGCAAGUAUUACCGUAAUAAAAGAACAGUCCAAGGGGGUCGUUUGUCAGCAAUUACCAUGGCACUUCAGUAUGGCUCAGAAAGUGAAGAGGAUGCUGCCUUAGCUGCUGCACGUUAUGAAGAAGGAGAGUCGGAAGCAGAGAGCAUUACUUCAUUUAUGGAUGUUUCAAAUCCUUUUUAUCAGCUUUAUGACACAGUUAGGAGUUGUCGGAAUAACCAAGGGCAGCUAAUAGCUGAACCUUUUUUCCAUUUGCCUUCAAAGAAAAAAUAUCCUGAUUAUUACCAACAAAUUAAAAUGCCCAUAUCCCUACAACAGAUCAGAACAAAGCUAAAGAACCAAGAAUAUGAAACUUUGGAUCAUUUGGAGUGUGAUCUGAAUUUAAUGUUUGAAAAUGCCAAACGCUAUAAUGUUCCCAAUUCAGCCAUCUACAAGCGAGUUCUGAAAUUGCAGCAGGUCAUGCAGGCAAAGAAGAAGGAGCUUGCCAGGAGGGACGACCUUGAGGAUGGAGACAGCAUGAUUUCUUCAGCCACCUCUGAUGCUGGUAGCGCCAAAAGGAAAAGGAACACUCUUGACAGUGAGAUGUUGGGUCUCAGGAGGCUCUCCAGUAAAAAGAACAUAAGAAAGCAGCGAAUGAAAAUCUUAUUCAAUGUUGUUCUUGAAGCUCGUGAGCCAGGUUCAGGCAGAAGACUUUGUGAUCUAUUUAUGGUUAAACCAUCCAAAAAGGACUAUCCUGACUAUUAUAAAAUCAUAUUGGAGCCAAUGGAUUUGAAAAUAAUUGAACAUAACAUCCGCAAUGACAAGUAUGCAGGGGAAGAGGGAAUGAUAGAAGACAUGAAGCUGAUGUUCCGGAACGCUAGGCACUACAACGAGGAGGGCUCCCAGGUGUACAACGACGCGCACAUCCUGGAGAAGUUACUCAAGGAUAAAAGGAAAGAGCUGGGCCCGCUGCCUGAUGAUGACGAUGUGGCUUCUCCCAAACUCAAGCUGAGUAGGAAGAGUGGAAUUUCUCCUAAAAAAUCAAAAUACAUGACUCCAAUGCAGCAGAAACUAAAUGAAGUCUAUGAAGCUGUAAAGAACUAUACUGAUAAGAGGGGUCGCCGCCUCAGUGCCAUAUUUCUGAGGCUUCCGUCUAGAUCCGAGCUGCCUGACUACUAUCUGACCAUUAAAAAGCCCAUGGACAUGGAAAAAAUUCGAAGUCACAUGAUGGCCAACAAAUACCAAGAUAUAGACUCCAUGGUUGAGGACUUCGUCAUGAUGUUUAACAAUGCCUGUACAUACAAUGAGCCUGAGUCUUUGAUCUACAAAGAUGCCCUUGUCCUGCACAAGGUCCUGCUUGAAACUCGGAGAGACCUGGAGGGAGAUGAGGACUCUCAUGUCCCAAAUGUGACCCUGCUGAUUCAAGAACUUAUUCAUAAUCUUUUUGUGUCAGUCAUGAGUCAUCAGGAUGAUGAAGGAAGAUGCUACAGUGAUUCCUUAGCGGAAAUUCCUGCUGUGGAUCCCAGCUUCCCAAACAAACCUCCUCUUACAUUUGACAUAAUUAGAAAGAAUGUUGAAAAUAAUCGCUACCGGCGGCUCGAUUUAUUUCAAGAGCAUAUGUUUGAAGUCUUGGAAAGGGCAAGAAGGAUGAAUCGGACAGAUUCUGAAAUCUACGAGGACGCGGUAGAACUGCAGCAGUUUUUUAUUAAAAUUCGUGAUGAACUCUGCAAAAAUGGAGAGAUCCUGCUUUCACCAGCACUCAGCUAUACCACAAAGCAUUUGCAUAAUGAUGUGGAGAAAGAGAAAAAGGAAAAAUUGCCAAAAGAACUAGAGGAAGAUAAACUAAAACGAGAAGAAGAAAAAAGAGAAGCUGAAAAGAGCGAAGACUCCUCAGGCGCCGCAGGCCUCUCCGGCUUACACCGCACGUACAGCCAGGACUGCAGCUUUAAGAACAGCAUGUACCAUGUUGGAGACUACGUCUACGUGGAGCCCUCAGAGGCCAGCCUGCAGCCACACAUCGUCUGCAUUGAAAGACUGUGGGAAGAUUCUGCUGGUGAAAAAUGGUUGUAUGGCUGUUGGUUUUAUCGGCCAAAUGAAACAUUCCAUCUGGCUACACGGAAAUUUCUAGAAAAAGAAGUUUUUAAGAGUGACUAUUACAAUAAAGUUCCCGUUAGUAAAAUUCUAGGAAAAUGUGUGGUCAUGUUUGUCAAGGAAUACUUUAAAUUAUGCCCAGAAAACUUUCGAGAUGAGGAUGUUUUUGUCUGCGAAUCACGGUAUUCUGCCAAAACCAAAUCUUUUAAGAAAAUUAAACUGUGGACCAUGCCCAUCAGCUCAGUGAGGUUUGUCCCUCGGGAUGUGCCCUUGCCUGUGGUCCGAGUGGCCUCUGUAUUUGCAAAUGCAGAUAAAGGGGAUGACGAGAAGAACACAGACAACUCAGAGGACAGUCGAACUGAAGACAGUUUUAACUUGGAAAAGGAGAAAGAAGAUGUCCCUGUGGAAAUGUCAAAUGGUGAGCCAGGUUGCCACUACUUUGAGCAGCUCCAUUACAAUGACAUGUGGCUAAAGGUUGGCGAUUGUGUCUUCAUCAAGUCUCAUGGCCUGGUGCGCCCUCGCGUGGGCAGAAUUGAAAAGGUAUGGGUCCGAGAUGGAGCCGCAUAUUUUUAUGGCCCCAUCUUCAUUCACCCAGAAGAGACGGAACAUGAGCCCACAAAAAUGUUCUACAAAAAAGAAGUGUUUCUGAGUAAUCUGGAAGAAACCUGCCCCAUGACAUGUAUUCUGGGAAAGUGCGCUGUGUUGUCAUUCAAGGACUUCCUCUCCUGCAGACCAACUGAAAUACCAGAAAAUGACAUUCUGCUUUGUGAGAGCCGCUACAACGAGAGUGACAAACAGAUGAAGAAAUUCAAGGGACUGAAGAGGUUUUCACUCUCUGCGAAAGUGGUAGAUGAUGAGAUUUAUUACUUCAGAAAACCAAUUGUUCCUCAGAAAGAGCCCUCACCUUUGUUGGAAAAGAAGAUCCAGUUGCUAGAAGCUAAAUUUGCUGAGUUAGAAGGUGGAGAUGAUGAUAUUGAAGAGAUGGGAGAAGAGGAUAGUGAGGUCAUUGAGCCUCCUUCUCUACCUCAACUUCAGACCCCCCUGGCCAGUGAGCUGGAUCUCAUGCCCUACACACCCCCACAGUCUACCCCAAAGUCAGCCAAAGGCAGUGCAAAGAAGGAAGGCUCCAAACGGAAAAUCAACAUGAGCGGCUACAUCCUGUUCAGCAGUGAGAUGAGAGCUGUGAUUAAGGCCCAGCAUCCAGACUACUCUUUUGGGGAGCUCAGCCGACUGGUGGGGACAGAAUGGAGAAACCUUGAGACAGCCAAGAAAGCAGAAUAUGAAGAGCGGGCAGCUAAAGUUGCUGAGCAGCAGGAGAGAGAGCGCGCAGCACAGCAACAGCAGCCGAGUGCUUCUCCCCGAGCAGGCACCCCUGUGGGGGCUCUCAUGGGGGUGGUGCCACCACCAACACCAAUGGGGAUGCUCAAUCAGCAGUUGACACCUGUUGCAGGCAUGAUGGGUGGCUAUCCGCCAGGCCUUCCACCUUUGCAGGGCCCAGUUGAUGGCCUUGUUAGCAUGGGCAGCAUGCAGCCACUUCACCCUGGGGGGCCUCCACCCCACCAUCUUCCGCCAGGUGUGCCCGGCCUCCCGGGCAUCCCACCACCGGGUGUGAUGAAUCAAGGAGUGGCCCCUAUGGUGGGGACUCCAGCACAAGGUGGAAGUCCGUACGGACAGCAGGUAGGAGUUUUGGGGCCUCCAGGGCAGCAGGCACCACCUCCAUAUCCUGGCCCACAUCCAGCCGGCCCCCCUGUCAUACAGCAGCCAACAACGCCCAUGUUUGUGGCUCCCCCACCGAAGACACAACGGCUUCUCCACUCAGAGGCCUACUUGAAAUACAUUGAAGGACUCAGUGCUGAGUCCAACAGCAUUAGCAAGUGGGACCAAACCCUGGCAGCUCGAAGACGCGAUGUCCAUUUGUCAAAAGAACAGGAGAGCCGCCUCCCCUCUCACUGGCUGAAAAGUAAAGGGGCCCACACCACCAUGGCAGAUGCCCUCUGGCGCCUUCGGGAUUUGAUGCUCCGAGACACCCUCAACAUUCGCCAAGCGUACAAUCUAGAAAACCUUUAAUCACAUCAAUUACGUUUCUUUUAUAGAAGCAUAAAGAGUUUUGUGGAACAGUAGCCAUUUUAGUUACUGGGGGUGGGGGGGAGGAACAAAGGAUGGUAAUUUUUAUUGCAUUUUACUGUACAUCACAAGGCCAUUUUUAUAUAAGGACACUUUUAAUAAGCUAUUUCAAUUUGUUUUUGUUAUAUUAAGUUGACUUUAUCAAAUACACAGAGAUUUUUUUGCAUAUGUUUCCUUCGUUUAAAACCAGUUUCAUAAUUGGUUGUAUAUGUAGACUUGGAGUUUUAUCUUUUUACUUGUUGCCAUGGAACUGAAACCAUCAAAGGUUUUGUCUUGGCUUGGGAUUUUGGUUUUUGGUUUUUGGUUUUGUUUUUUUAUAAAAGAACAAACAAAAUGAAAAAAAUAUACACACACAGACGCGCACGCGCACGAGAGUUUACAGAUUAGUUUAAGUUGACAAUUAAAUGUGAAGUUGGUCCUAGUUUACAUCUUACAGAGGGGAGUGCACUGGUGUCUGCUUCAUGUACCUGAGUAUCUUGAGCCACUUCAGCAAAAGCUGUUUUUUACAGGUGAAGUGAAAAGUUGUUAUUUCAGGUUACAGGUGUUUGGCAGACCUGGCACAUUUGCUCUGUUAACUCAGAGACUUGCUCCAGAAAUCUGAAGUCAGUGCUGUGCAUCCUUCUGAAGCUGGUGCGUCUCUCAGACACCUGGAGGGGGGCGGAGAGCACAGUUUCUUGUGCUGUUAGUCAUCUAUGGUGUCAGGUAUUUUUGCAGAACAUGUGCACAACCCUGAAUUACCUUUAGUCUUGGCAGGUAAGUUUAAGGGUACUUUCGAUCUAUUUAUGUUGAAUUCACAAUUUAUGCCUAUACUUGUUGGAUGAUUUAAAAUUUUAAAUCUCUUACAUUGAAAAAGAUUGAAGUUCACCUUGAAGAAAGCAUCGAGGUGUGCAUAGAGGUGAUUGAUUUUUUAAACCUAACACCCAACCUAACAUAGGGAAGGGAGUGCAUAACCAGAUAUGAGCUGUGUCAGAAGCAUAAUUGUAAAAAGGGUAGACUGUCUACAUAUGCAAGUAUGUUUUCGUAUCUAUUUCCUCACCAGAUGUGGCAUUUUUUUUUUCCUUCUAAGUCUCAGCGUUGUAAUUCUCAACCAGAAAUUUAAGGCUUUCUAAAAUGUUUUUUAAAUUUAAUUUGUGCUUUUGAAUUUCAGGAGAAAGUAAUUAUAAUCUAAGAAAAUACUCACUUAAAAAGAUCAUUAUGGAUCCCAAACACUUGGGGUUGACCCAUUCUCUUUCAUAUGAGCCUCGAAUGAACAUCUGGAGGCAGAGUAUGAUGCACAGACAGGUAGAAAAGCACCACACCUGGAUUCCACUCGGUUUUUGAAACCUGUUUUUUUGUAACAAGAUUGUUGCCAUUUUGGUGGAGCUUCCCUUGCUGUUUGUAAAUUGAGAGAGUGACUCUCAAGGGAUACUUUUUUCUUUUAAUCUGGUAUGAAUCAAUAGCUGGAUAUUUAAUUGCCAUUCUUUCUAAAUCAUGGGGACAAAAGUGUGUAAAAUGGAAACAAGUCUCCUGUAUUCUAGAUACUUUAAAUACAGGAGGCCUUUGUAACUUAAUUGCCUAUAGUCAACCACUGGAUCUCAGUUUGCAUCAAGUAUUUUAAAUAAUUCUGAAUUUUAAAAAAUAUAUUGCAGUAGUAUGUCAUUACCUUAUUGUUAAACUGAAUCAGAUAAAGAAAUCUUCAGUUCCUAGUUAUUUGGGCCAUUGAAUCAUCAUGGACUGUAUAAUACAAUCAGAUUAUUUUAUUUCUAGACAUUCUUGAAUUACACCAAAGAACCUGAAAUCUAAUUUUGGUUAAGUUAUUUAUUUAUUUCAUGCACCCAUUUUAUUUCCCUUUUUAAGGUCUGGAUGAGACUUCUUUGGGAAGCUUCUAAAAACUUCUUUGGGCUAGGUGGGGCAUUAGAAGCCAGGGCACUCCUCCUCCGGGCUCCUUCCCAGUGUCUAGAGGUGCUGUAGAAACCAUAGAUCCAGCCAGGGGCUUCCCUAAGGCAGUGCAGAGCCGGGCCAGGGGGCCAGUAGGCAGGCCCUAAUUAAGUUUAAAAAAAAAAAAAAAUCUAUGUAUUUAUUUUAGAAUCAUGUCUUUCUGUAUAUUAACUUGGAGAAUAUCAGUUAAUAUUUAGGAUAUAAGAUUUGAGGUCAGCCAUUUUCCAAAAAAGAUAAGCCAAAAAAAAAUUGUUUUUAAUGUCCUGACUUAAGAAAGUACAAGUGAACUAUAUACAUCUUUUUUUUCCCCCAUGAGUUUUAGGAACUAGUGAUAUGGCUUAGAAAGUUUAAUGGCCUAAAUGUUUUCAAAAUGUAAGUUCAUGUGGAAAAGAAUUUUAUUUGGGAGAAAACCUAUAGGUUUAAAAUAGUAUGUCAGCCAACUGAUUUAAAAGGCCUUUGAACUGCUUUGUUUUUGAACCCACCCUUGUCUUCCUAUGAGGAAAAACUGAAAGGGGACACUUCUUUGUGUGAAAUCUCAAACUGGUGUUGUUGACUUCUGAGCUUGAACAUUUUCAGACCUAAUUCAAACUUGGUUUAUUCUAAUUUCUGUAUCAAAGGAGGUUUAAGUGGUAACUAGUCUUAUAACAUGUAUGUAUCAUAUGUUUGUUCAUUUAAAGCUUUUUAAUCCGAAUAAAAAUGGAGUUUGCAAAGUGA